AUGUUCNUUUACCAAGAGUUCUUGCAGUUAGGAGCUGCUGAGAUUUGUCAGGAUAAUCCUAUGCCCUCUGCUGAUGAUUUAGCAGAUCAAAUCCUUGAGGUUCUCAACUAUUUUGGACUUGGUGCAGUGAUGUGCAUGGGGGUAACAGCAGGCGCUUACAUUCUUACGCUUUUUGCUUUGAAAUAUAGAGAACGUGUUCUUGGUUUAAUUCUUAUAUCCCCCUUAUGCAAGGCACCGUCUUGGUCCGAGUGGUUCUAUAAUAAGGUAAUGUCUAACUUGUUAUACUUCUAUGGCAUGUGCGGGUUGUUGAAAGAGUGCUUGCUUCAGCGGUACUUCAGCAAGGAGGUCCGUGGUAGUGCCGAAGUUGCAGAGUCUGAUAUAGUUCAAGCUUGUAGAAAAUUGUUAGAUGAGAGACAGAGCAACAAUGUUUUGAGGUUCCUCCAAGCAAUUAAUGGAAGACCAGACAUUACUGAAGGGUUGAAAAGGCUCCGGUGUCGCACUCUCAUUUUCGUCGGGGAUAGCUCGCCUUUCCAUUCUGAAGCACUCCACAUGAUAUCAAAAUUGGACAGAAGAUAUAGUGCCUUGGUUGAGGUCCAAGCUUGUGGAUCGAUGGUAACUGAAGAGCAACCACACGCAAUGUUGAUACCAAUGGAGUACUUCUUCAUGGGAUACGGGUUGUAUAGACCAUGCCAAUUCAGCGACAGUCCACGGAGUCCGCUCAGUCCAUCUUGCAUCUCCCCAGAGCUCCUUUCUCCGGAAAGCAUGGGAUUAAAGCUAAAACCAAUAAAGACCCGCAUUUCUUAAUCGUCGAGGAGGGACAGACAGAACUGGAAAAGGAGGAGGAGAAGAAGGGGCUGAGCUAAGGCGAAUGCUUCGCUGUGAUUCGAAAGUCCGUCCGUCCAUCCGUCUGUACGUCUGUAAGUUUUUUCGUUUCCAGAAUUUUGAUUUGUUGAAAGGGCGUUUGUAGAUAGGGAGAGAUGUGAGUGAAAAAAGAGCUUACAAUGAUGAUGGGUAAAUAACUAUAGGGAGGAGGACAUAUUCAUUCUUUUGUAGUCAUCAGACAUAAAAGAGAUCAUAUUCUUGAACUCUUUGGAUUCGUAUAUUCUUCAAUCUGACCAAAAUAUUUAUUUAUUACGACUUUCAAUGAAUUGAGCUGUUGCAUGCUA